AUGAGAGGUCAGACAUGUAUUCUGGAAGCGGUCCUGCAAAAGGGGGACGAUCGCCGUCGGUUCCUGAUCUUUUUCUUUGUCAAAAUCAUUCACUCACCGAGAAUGUGUGACUAUUUCUUUGUCGAGUUUCGGUGCCAACAUCAUGCUUGGAUUGUUCGAAAGUGGUGCCCAAAAUACGAAAGAUCACAACGGCCAUGCACGCCUAAUGUUGUUGAUCCCCCAGAAUUUUGGGGCCAUAAGGUGUGUUCCAAAUGCCAACCUCCAGGACAAUUGGCAGAAGCAGUGAGGAGACAUUACAGUGUUACGGGAUGGAGCUAG